CCAAUCAAUAGAAGCACUGCGGUGCGGCGCUCUCCCACAACUUCUAGAGGGCUGACACUUCAGUGCGCUUCUCUCUCAAACUUUCAGCGCCGCUUCACUUUGACUUCAGCGAGCUCUUCGUCUCUCUAAGAUGUGCAGACAAGAUUCCUUAGACUUUCAUCGAUUAUGCCAACGAGUUUCCCCAUAGACUUAACGUAGACUAUCCCCCCCCCCCCCUCUACGUAUAUAACUGAACAAGACCUAACUCAACUCACAGCUGGUGAGAAUAUGUGGCAAUCGGUGAACGGCAUGGGCUGUCUUUGGUCCCCCAAGGAUAAACAGCGUGGAUUAAACACGAAUUAAUGUGGAAUUUAUCGGAGCUCAAAGGUGGAACGACGACCGGACACAGCGCUUUCUCGUCAGGGACUGACUGAUCAUGGUCGCCGUGGUCCGCUCUCUCAUGGUACUGCUGCUCGCUCAGGUGUUGCUGGAAGGUGCUGCGGGACUCAUCCCCGAGGUCGGCCGGAGGAAGUACAACGAAUCUGGGAAGCAGAGCCCGGAGCGGUCGGAGAGCUUCCUCAACGAGUUCGAGCUUCGGCUUCUCAACAUGUUCGGGUUGGGGCGCAGACCCACCCCCAGCAAGCACGCCGUGGUGCCACAAUACAUGGUGGACCUUUACCACAUGCACUCUGCGAACGGAGACCACAGCACUAAACGACCCAAGAGCAUGGGGAAGCACGCAGAGAGGGCCGCCAGCAAGGCCAACACGAUUAGAAGCUUUCACCAUGAAGAAUCAAUGGAGGCACUGGCCAGCCUGAAAAGCAAAACAACCCAGCAAUUCUACUUCAACCUCACGUCUAUCCCUAAAGAGGAGCUCAUAACCUCCGCAGAGCUCCGCAUUUACAGGGAUCAGGUCAUUGGACCUGCACCUCCUAAGAACAGCAGCUCUACUAGUGGUGCUCUUGCAGGAGGCCUCCAUCGUAUCAACAUUUACGAGAUCUUCGGAGUUCCAAUAGGUUCCAACAGCACAGAACCUCUGGUCCGUCUGCUAGACACCAGGCUGGUUCAGGACUCUUUGAGCCGCUGGGAGAGUUUUGACGUGAGUCCUGCUGUAUCUGAAUGGACUUCAGGGAAUGGCCAGAAUCAUGGCUUCAUGGUGGAGGUGCUUCAUCCAGAGCCGACGGAGAAGGAUGCAGGCCAUUCCCGGAGAAGAAACGGGCACGUCAGAGUGAGCCGGUCCCUGCACCAGGACCAGGACUCAUGGCCUCAGGCUCGGCCCCUGCUGGUAACAUAUGGUCACGACGGCCGUGGGGACUCGGUACUCCAUACACGGGGGAAAAGGCAGGCAGCAGUCCGGAAACAACGCAGGAAGCAUCAGCCAAAGGCAAGCUGCAAAAGACAUACCUUGUACGUAGACUUCAGCGACGUGCAAUGGAACGAGUGGAUAGUGGCACCCCCAGGCUACCAUGCCUACUACUGCCACGGGGAAUGUCCCUUUCCAUUACCAGACCACCUUAAUGCAACUAAUCACGCCAUUGUGCAGACACUUGUCAACUCAGUAAACUCAAACAUCCCCAGAGCUUGUUGUGUGCCCACCGAACUCAGCCCCAUUUCGUUGCUUUACUUGGACGAAUACGAGAAGGUGAUUCUGAAAAACUACCAGGAUAUGGUGGUGGAGGGCUGUGGCUGCAGAUGAGAAACAGGUUGUGUGGACACAAAGUGUGAGUGAGCAAGAGAGAGAGAGAGAGAGACACUAAGUGUUUAAGCUCUACUAUGGACACCCAGUUUCCCAAUGAAGACAUUUAUUUAUAUGAAAGAAACAAAGUAAUAGAGAUAUUGAGAAAGAAGUGAAAGUAUAUAUGAAUAUAUUUAUGUCUACAUAAAGUUGGGAAAAAUAAAUGUUUUAAUCAAAGGAAUAUUCCUUUACUGGUUCUGAAAAAGCAUUUCUGUUGUACAUUUUGAAAUGGGUGCAAUACCACAUGAAGUAUAAUGCUCAGAUGUUUAUUUUGUAUUUAUUUCUAUUAUAACCACUUUAUUUGUAAAUAAAUAAUGUGUAUUUAUCAU